AGAAAGCUGUGAAUUGUGAAUGGUAGAAAUAAAAGGUGUGAGAUUCAUAGUGAUGCAAAUCUCUUUGAAGUACAGGAUUGGGCAGCUGUACAUGAUCAGCAAACACAGCCACGAGCAGAGCGAUCGAGGCGAGGGCGUGGAGGUGGUGCAGAACGAGCCGUUUGAGGACCCCACAUAUGGUUCUGGACAGUUCACAGAGAAACGCGUCUAUCUCAACAACAAGCUUCCCAGCUGGGCGCGAGCCGUUGUUCCCAAGAUCUUCUACGUAACAGAGAAGGCAUGGAACUAUUACCCCUACACAAUCACUGAGUACACAUGUUCUUUCUUGCCGAAGUUUUCCAUUCACAUAGAGACAAAAUACGAGGACAACAACGGCUGCAAUGACAAUAUUUUUGACGAGCCCAGAGAUGAGGACACUGAGGUGUGUUUCAUUGACAUUGCAUAUGAUGAAAUCCCAGAGCGUUACUUCAAAGAAUCUGAGGACUUACGCUACUUUAAGUCAGAGAAGACUUCACGGGGUUUGCUGCAGGAGGGCUGGAGAGAUACUCAGGACCCCAUCAUGUGCUCCUAUAAGUUAGUGACGGUGAAGUUCGAGGUGUGGGGACUGCAGACACGCGUGGAGCACUUUGUUCACAAGGUGAUAAGGGACGUGCUGUCACUAGGUCACAGACAGGCCUUUGCCUGGGUGGAUGAGUGGAUUGACAUGACAAUGGAGGAGGUGAGAGAGUACGAGCGUGCCACACAAGAAGCCACCAAUAAGAAGCUAGGCACAUUCCCCCCAGCCAUCAACAUCAGCACGACGCCUCUGCCAUCCUGUGCACACAGCGGACCAUCCAGUGCCCCAUCCACCCCUCUCUCCACAGAAGCCCCAGACUUCCUCUCUGUGCCCAAAGACAGACCACGCAAGAAAUCAGCACCAGAGACUCUUACACUCCCUGAUCCAGCCAGACGAGACUCCAGCUAUCGGCUGCCGAGCCUCUUCUCCUGGGGCUCCAGUUCCCGUCAGCCUGAAUGACCCACCUAUGGAAGAGCCCGAGAUCAGUAAUGCAGCUUUCAGAAACGUGUCUACUAGGCACACACUCACAGCAAGCCAGUCUCUGUUUAAACUAGGAGAGAGACAUAAAUACACAUGCAAAGUGGCUUUCCAACCUCUCCAAGCUCUUACUGUACACAGGGGUUCAGUCGAGAUCUAAUCUGCCAUUGAAAAGUGCAUUCCAGCUUUUCAAAAGAAACUUAGUUAACAGUUUACAAUAACUCAGGAGUUGUUUAGUUGUGUUACCCUUUUUUUCCCUUACUACUAGUUAUGUAGUUUUAUUAUUUCAGAUGGACUGACUGUGUAUGCUAUUUGAGGUGGAAUAUACAGUACAAAAUACAUGAUUUUAAUGGAAUAGAUCCUGAUCCACAUCUAAAAUAAUGCAGAGUUUCAACAUUUUCAAUGUAUUUUUGAGUAGAUACUGGAGUUUGGUUUUCAUUUUGGUUGAAUGACUAGUUUGGCACUGCUGUCCAGUACAGAAAAGGUCCCAGUGUUGCUGAGUAUUGUAAUAAAUGUACUACGGAUCAUAAGAAUAUUAUAAGACUGGACUGAUUCUGCAAAGCAAAUAAAAUGCCUCUAUUUCCUAACAAUAAUGUCAGCCCUGAAAACCACUGAGGACCUACUGUUGUGUCUCAGUCUAUUGCAGGAUAUGUGGACUACCAAGUUUCUGUAUAUAUUGUAUCUCAUCAUCAUCCUUAAUUAAUGAUCACCUAUUAUUCAUUAACGUUACCAUUUAUGAUAAUUAAGUAUAUUGUAUUUUUCAUGCUAUUUUCAUGGUAUAACAGUAUGUGGUGUGUUAUCGUAUGUAAAUAGAAAAUCCGGUGUGCAAGGAAUACUUUCCAGGAUGUCUUGAAUGCUGUAUACUCUUUAUGUGCAAAGGAAUGCUUGCUGUUGGUCAAUGUGUACUUUGUGAAUGUAUAGGCUUGUUGCUGUCAAUUGAUCACAUAAAAUCGGUUUCAUUCUUUUCUGAGAGACGGCAGCAUCAAGCACAUGGCCAUAUGAAUCAGUUCUUUGAUGUAAACAUCUGGCAUGAAAAUAAAGCUUUAACUCUUGA